AUGAAUGAAUCACGCGCACGCCGACGACAAAAAAUUGCUGCCCAUCAACGGUUAACAUGUCAUACUUUGCUGCAUCCUACUAAUGAAGUUAUCGCUGAUGCUAAAGAUGUACCGUCGAACACAGAAGAAUUUGAGACAUGGGAACGAUGUCCAGUUGAAAAACUAAUGUACUACAUUGAGCAAAGUGAAAAAGAGGAUGACGAAGAUCCUCACAACACUCAAAUAAAAACAGAGAUGACUGGAUCUCUACAUUCACCUCCUGAUAUAACCAAGACGUAUGCGAAGCAAGAAGUAGCAAGCGCAGUGCAAGAUCGACCAGCAACAGGAGUAACUAUAAAAGAAUCUGAUGAAGAGCAAAAUAAAAUGCAUUGUCGCUAUUUUGAUAUUGGCACUUUACCAAAACAAACUUUAUUGCCUAUUACAGGAUAUAAUAAGACUCCAUUGAUGUCUCUUGAAGAUGCUAUACAAUCUGUACAUCACCUUAUUGAUAAUAUCGAUGUAAAAGUCAAGGUAGCUAAGCAGAAUGCACAGCAACGGCAUGGACGCAUGUUGUCAGUCGAAGAAUCAGCUGCCAUACAGUUGUAUACGAUGGAGGCGUUUCCUCUUGAUCGUUGUCUGUAUUAUAUUCUCAAUAAAACUUUACGUUCAGCUAAUCGACGAGAUUUAAUUCCAUGGUUUCCGUAUUUAAAACUUUUGAUGACGGCAUUAUGGAAACUGCCACCUGUCCGACGUACAGUUUGGCGUGGAAUAAAAAAUGUCAAUCUCAGUGAGCAGUAUCAAGAAGGACAACACUACACCUGGUGGAAUCUCAGUUCCUGUACAGAAACGUUAACGGUGAUGCAAACACCUCAGUUUCUGGGAACUGAAGGUCUUCGAACAUUAUUCAGUAUUGAAUGUGAAAAUGGGAAAGAAAUCAAGGAAUAUUCCUACCUCGAAUAUGAAAAUGAAAUAUUAUUGCCACCAGCUUUGUAUUUCGAAGUUUUGGGAAAAUUGAAUCCUGCACCUGAUUUAUAUAUUAUACAUAUACGACAGAUAGUUUCACCCUACGAAUUAAUUUGUCCACCAUUUUAA